AUGGCGGAAUUCGAUUUAACAAAGCGAAUGGUGCCCUUCUUUGACCUGCAUUUGGUUAUCCCUCUGCUGGAAUUCAUCGAGCCUCGUGAUAUCUAUGAUCACGAUUCGUUAGUGGAAAUGCACCGUAAAGUGUUACUCAAAACGAAUAUGAUCGACAGUGUAAUCGAGACAUAUCCACCGGGCAAGGUUCCCAAAGAAUUGGAACUCCGCAAAGCAGAAAUUCUUAGUCAGCGGGAGAAAUUAAAAACGAAAGUGGAUCCAGUGGUUGAAAUUCUCGAAUCGGAGCCCGUCAAAGCAAUGAUGGAUGCUAGAGACGGAAAUUCAAGGCUUCUGGAAUAUGUCUCUACAAAUCACGGCUUCACGGAGGAAAUGUUGGAGUCUCUUUUUCGCUACGCUAAAUUUCAAUAUGAAUGUGGCAAUUAUUCAGCGGCUGCGCUGUGCCUUUAUUAUUAUCGGAGUCUGGUGCCACAACAGAAUCCAAAUUAUUUAAAUGCCCUAUAUGGAAAACUAGCAUCCGAGAUACUUCUGCAGGAAUGGACACAUGCAAAAGAUGACUUAACCAAAUUACGGGCAUACGUUGAUUUCAAUCCGUUUGAUACCGAAUUGGAAUCUGUUCAACAACGUGCAUGGCUGAUGCAUUGGGCAUUAUUCGUCUAUUUCAACUUUCCAAAAGGUCGUGACGAAAUUAUUGAAAUGUGUCUCAAUCAACAGUCCUAUCUCAACACAAUUCAGGCAAUUUUUGGUUUCUUCUUUUCUCUCCUCACGUGUUUCUGUUAUCAAAUGAAGAAAAUGCGGGCAAAUUUUUCAGCAAAAAUCGCUUGUCCUCAUCUGUUACGUUAUUUAGCGGUUGCCGUAGUAACAAGUAAAAAUAAACAGAAGAAUAGCUUGAAGGAUCUCAUUCGAGUUAUCGAUAUCGAACGUCAUAACUACGAAGAUCCAGUAACAGAUUUUCUGACAUGUCUUUACGUGAAAUAUGAUUUUGAUGAAGCACAAAAGAAGUUGAAACAGUGCGAAGAGGUGCUGUCGAAUGAUUUCUUCUUAACUGCAUGCUUGGAGGAUUUCCGUGAGAGUGCACGUCUUCUGAUAUUUGAGAUGUUCUGUCGCAUUCACCAGUGCAUAUCACUCGAGAUGUUAGCUGAAAGACUUAAUAUGCAACAGGUGGUUGAAGCGGAAAGGUGGAUUGUUGAUUUGAUUAGAAAUUAUCGUAUUGAAGGUGCAAAAAUUGACUCGAAACUAGGACAGGUUGUUAUGGGAGCAACGUCGAGCUCUACACACGAGCAAGUAAUGGAAAAUACGAAAAGAUUAACUUUCCGAUCACAGCAGGCUGCUCUACAGUUAGAAAAAGUUAAACUUGAUAGGAAGGGUACUUGGAAGGCUGAUUUGGUCUGA